AUGGUCACCAAGUCCCCGGCGGUGUCGCCCGUCUCGACGAACCGCGAACCCCUACAGGACACCACCUCACCCACUUAUAGGAGCGCCACGCCCCCCAAGAACAUGGCGUCGUCAUCCGCGCCAAGAUCGUCAGGCUAUUUCCCCCCAUACUCCCUCAACCAACAUCAAAAUGACGAACCAAACGACGCCGAACCGCAACGAGGGAUAGGGAAUGAUGCCGACGAUAUCGAUACUGAAAUUCAUGCGCGUUACGGUUCUUCAUACACCGACUACCACCGCCACUAUUACACUCACUCAGCAGCGCAACCGGCGGCGCAGGAACCCGUCGAUUCCACCCAACAGGAGCAGCUGCAUCCAGGUCAGAGCUCCUCCCUCGGACGAUCCCAAUCGGCUCGAAUAGCACCCCGACCGAACACUCCAUCGCGCGAACACGGGGAAACCGACCAGCGGGGGAGCUCGGGUCCCGAACAGAAUAUUAACAAUAACACCGGCAAGAUGCGGCGGUCCAACUCGUUCGUGUCCAAUGUGCCCGACGAUAUCCAGCUCGCGAGGGGCAACACUCUCAGGAAGAAGGCCUCCAUGAGGCGCUCGGGCAGCCUGCGCCGGAGCAGUAGCCGCCGGAGCAUGAAGGCCGGCAGCGUGAGGAGUUUGGCGCUGCAGCCCGAUGCGGAUCCCGACCAGAUGCAUAGCGCUCUUUACUGUCCCGUGCCGACCUCGGCGAGUCCCACCGAGGCCCUUGCAGAGAGGUUCCAAGCUUGGAGGAAGCUAUUGAAGGAAUUGAUUGCCUACUUCAAGGAGAUUCAGACACACUACGAGCAACGCGCGAAAAGCACAACCAGGCUAGCGAACGCAUCAAGUAACUUCAGCCAACACCCUAGCUUCCUCUCUUCGGACGGCCUCGCCGAUGCCAUGCAGAUCAUCCGCAAGUACAACCGGACAGCGAUACAAGACGCCAACAGGGCGCAGGAAAUCGAGCACGACGUCAUCCUGGCCUUGACCGGUCUCCGCAGCGACCUGCAGCAGAAGAUCAAGGAGAUCAAGAACUUGUCGGGCGACUUUAAGAACUCGGUGGAAAAGGAGAUGGACGGCACGAGGAAGGCUGUCAAGGCGCUUCAGGAUGUCCUUGGCCGUGCGGAGCUCGACACUUCUCUUGCGACGGGGAGGCAGGAUCCUUAUCUGCUGCGGCUGGCUGUAGAUCGACAGGUGGAGAGGCAGAUCGACGAGGAGAAUUAUCUCCAUCAGGCCUACCUCAACCUCGAGACGUCGGGCCGCGAACUAGAAUCCAUCGUCGUUGGCGAGAUUCAAAAAGCGUAUAACGCAUAUGCUUCCAUUCUUAGGCGCGAAGCCGAUGCUGCUGAUGCUGCGAUCGAGGAGCUUCGUCUCGGGCCCGUCGACAUGCCAAAGGACCAUGAGUGGGAGCGGUUCAUGGAUAAGAACGACGAGUUUGUUGAUCCGAGUAUACCGAUGCGAUCGCCGGAGAAUAUUCAUUACCCUGGUCGUGACCAUGUGGCUUGCCAGGAGAUUCGGGCUGGCCUCCUCGAGCGAAAGAGCAAGUACUUGAGAAGUUACACUGCCGGAUGGUACGUCCUUUCGCCCACUCAUCUCCACGAAUUUAAAUCGGCAGACAAGGCACAAGCUCCACUCAUGUCGCUAUACCUCCCAGAACAAAAGCUAGGCUCUCACUCGAAGGAAGGCGCCUCCUCACAAAAAUUCAUCCUCAAGGGCCGACAGACCGGCGGCGUGCACCGCGGCCACACGUGGGUAUUCCGGGCGGAGAGCUACGACACAAUGAUGGCCUGGUACGAGGACAUCAAGGCCCUCACAGAGACGCCACCACACGAGCGCACCGAGCUCAUGCGCAGCAGUUCGCGGAGCAUCAGCCGCACGUCGCGGCGUUCCAUGAGCAGCGACGCGGGUGUCGUCGACGAGGAAGACGAGGAGCCGUUCGCUGCGGGAUCUCAGAUGGGGAUGAAUACGGCGGUGAACCGGCAAGUCGCGCAGGAGCGCCGGCCUCAGGCGGGAGGGCGGUUCCCCUCGGAUCUGCAGGUGAAUGCCGAAAGGGGGUUGCAGGCAACGGUGUCACAGUCGACCAGCAGUUCCGGCGGCGGGGCCGGCGGGCGAGAUGGUGCGAAUUCCAUCAUUGCCAACGGGGGUAUUCCGACUGGCGGAGUCGUCGCGGCCGGCGCUCUUGCCGGAAGCGGCACGGACGAGCCCGUCUACCGACAGAACGGCAACGGCAGUUACCAAUACGGCGCGACGGCGCAGACUCCAAUGGAGCAGGCGCAGUCGCACGCGGCCAAGGUGAACCGCGAAGCUGCGCAGGACGGUGUUAAUCCGUACACUGGCCAGCCGAUCGAUCAGCUGCAGACUACGAGUUACGGCAACCUGACGAUGAACCCUGCGCUGGGGGGAUUCCAGCACCAAGGGACAUCUACGCCUAGCCAAACGGGAAGCCUGAACUACGUGGGCCAGACUCCGUCGCACCUGGACGUUUCCACUGCCACUACUACGGAGCAGGUGUUAGUGCACUCCCCACAAAUUCACGCCGCGCGGACUCAAUCGCCCGCAAGCCAGCAAAUCACCUCGGCCCAGACCCGCGCGUCUCAAGUAUCCCCGCUUGAUUCUCAAGGUCCGGAAACGGCGGUAAACGAAGACCUGACGAUGAGGCACAAUCUGUCUAAUGGCGCUGCCCCGGCGGCCGAUGGCAGCGUGGCGUCGAUGGCUUUCCUCAGUGUUUCGGUCUCCGCUGGGAAUCACGGAGAAGAAGGGAAGAAGGUGUCUGAAGGCCGCGUGGAGGAGAUUACAGAGGCGUCGGAUGAUGGGGCUGCGGAGAGGCCGUCUGAGGCGGAGAGGUCGACGACGCAGGGUAGUUAUCAUGUGCCUGGACAGUUUCCUCGGUCGAAUUCCAAUGUGAACGUUACAAGGAAUGGGGUGGCGACUUGA